AAUAACUAAUAGGUUAUGUCACAGCCUCACAGGACCCAAGACCUCUCUAGUCAAACUACGAGUAUAAUACAGUAGAAUACGGAGUAAUUAAUUUAUACAAAAACAAAUGAAUUAAAGUUGGUAGUUGGUACGAUAUAAACCAACCUCAGCAUUCACAGUAAGACAGAGAAAACCAUAAAAUGGAAGAGGAGUUGUUAUUGAAGCAGGAAGAAGAAAAAGGAAAAGAAGAGAUAAUAAUAAAAAUAAAAGUAGGAUGGAAAGAAAUAUUACAAGAAAUAAAAAGAGUGAGUAAAGUAGCAGGUCCAAUGGUGGUUGUGAUGAUGUCACAGUACAUGAUUCAAGUCAUAACGUUGAUGAUGGUCGGUCAUCUCAGCCCGCUCUACCUCUCUAGCACUGCCCUUGCUGUUUCUCUUGCUGCUGUCACUGGCUUUAGCCUCUUGUUAGGAAUGGCGGGUGCAUUGGAGACAAUAAGUGGGCAAUCGUAUGGAGCGCAACAGUACAAGAAACUAGGAACUCAAACAUACACUGCCAUAUUCUCUCUCACUUUAUUCAGCAUCCCACUUUGUGUGCUAUGGAUCUAUAUGGGGGAUAUUCUCGUUUUCAUAGGCCAGGAUCCUGCAAUUUCGCGCGAAGCAGGCAAAUUUAUGACAUAUCUUGUGCCUACUCUUGUUUGUUAUGCUGUUUAUGAGCCCUUGGUUCGAUACUUCCAAUCCCAAAGUUUGGUCAUGCCUAUGUUUGUAAGUUCCUGUUGUACAGUAUUCCUGCAUAUACCCCUUUGUUGGGCUUUGGUGUACAAGUCCGGGCUAAAUAAUCUAGGAGGCGCUAUUGCAAUGGGUAUCUCAAAUUGGUUAAAUGCAACUUUGCUGGCAUUGUACAUGAUGUUCUCUCCCUCGUGUGCAGCUACUCGUUCUCCAAUCUCCGUGGAAAUGUUCCAUGGAAUUGGUGAGUUUUUCCGAUUUGCUAUUCCUUCUGCUGCAAUGGUUUGCUUAGAGUGGUGGUCAUUUGAGCUACUGAUCUUAUUGUCAGGAUUGCUUCCAAAUCCAGAACUUGAGACUUCUGUUCUCUCUGUGUGUGUGACAACAGUUUCAGCAUUGUUUGCCAUACCUUAUAGAAUCGCAGCAGCAGCAAGCACGCGAAUUGCUAAUGAACUUGGAGCAGGAAACCCACAGACAGCUCGUAUAGCAGCAUGUGGAGUUGUUGCAAUGGGGGUUGCAAAUGGUUUGAUUGUUAGCUCUGUCCUUUUUACUACUCGAAGAUUUUUCGGAUAUUGUUUCAGCAAUGAGAAGCAAGUUGUAGAUUAUGUCACCAAUAUUGCACCUUUAGUUUGUGUUAACAUUAUAUCUGACAGUAUGCAAGCAGUUCUUUCAGGUAUUAGUAGAGGGUGUGGCUGGCAACAUUUAGGGACGUACACAAAUCUUGCAGCAUACUACCUUGUUGGAAUUCCGAUUUCUGUAACAUUAGGCUUCUGGAUGCAAAUGAGAGGCAGGGGCCUUUGGAUUGGAGUCAUGGUUGGUGCUAUGACGCAGGCAGUCCUUUUGUCUGUUAUAACAAGUCGUACGAAAUGGGAAGAAGAGGCAAGGAAAGCAAGAAAGAGAGUAGUGGAAGAAACUUCAAGAGUUGGCAAUGGAGUAUAUGUUGAUGAGCAAAGGAGAUUAAUCAAUUAAUUUUGAGAAACCUUUGGUGAGACAGAGAGAGUGGUCUAUAAGACAUGAUAAUGGAUGAUAUAAUGGAUUCCUAAAACCAC